ACAUUACUCUUCUAGUCUAAUGAACCCGUGAAGUGGGUCUGUAAAUUAUUUGUGCUCUGAUUUUGUGGAACAAUCUGUUGGCAGUGCGGUUCGUCACGCAGUCCCGGGAUAAAAAAUGACGGUCUGUCGUUAUUACCGGAAUGGUUACUGCAGGAAUGGUUUUUCGUGCAGAUUCGAGCACACCUCUCCGCGAGAGCCCUUACUUAACGCACCCACAUACCACCCGGAGUACUCGACAGGGUACGGACCGCGAGCUAAUAAUGUAGGGCCAAGACAAAGCUGGCAGGCCCAAGAACAUCAGUAUCAUCACCAACAAUCAUUUUUCCAACAACAGCAACCCUCUGUCGUGGAUCAGAUCAUCGCGGAUAUCGCUCUGAUGCUCCGAGGCAAACAGUAUCUAUAUAGCUGCAUACCUGGUCGGCAGCCUCAUCUCAACUGUAAAAAUCUCUCGGACCUGAGCCCGGAGGAAAUCCGUGUGAAGUUCUUGGAAUUUCAAGCGACCAAUAAUGUCGAGCGCUUCAUGUCUGAGAUGUCGGCUCACAGAUUAUUCGUGGAAGGAAUUCUACAUCAAAUCUCUCGUAACCCCUCUAUGUUGGACGACGUCCAGCCACCUCUAGCCAGGCCAAUGUUCCACACGCCGCCCAACGAGCCGAGUCUUGCGGCGAGUCCACAAUCAUCUUCUUUUAGCGCGCCGUUAUUCGGUGCGACCUCAGCCACGUCUCCGUCGGGCAACAAUGCUGGGUCGAUCUUUGAAGCUUCGCCACCUCCUUCGCAUCAGAUUCAUCAACCCGCAUCUGGGAUGGAUGUCGCGCAAGACGCUGUCAAGCCUCGAAUGCUUUUCGGGAAGAGCGUCCAGAAUGAUGGGGGACUUUUCGACACGAAUCGAGCGGCUCAAUCCUUAUUUGCACAGGCCCCUCAAAUCGCCCCGACCGGCUUCCAGAUGAAUGCUCCGCCUCAAGCCGCACAACAGAUUAUGAACCAGCAAGUGGGUUUCCCAGUGAGUUCAACACCGCCGAUCAUCCAAUCGGUGUCGGGUAGUCCAGCUCUACUCCCUUUCGGCGCGUCGGAUCCCCCGAAACAAAUCACCGCGCCCCCGUCGCAUCAGAGUGCAGGAGACGAUGGGGUUUAUACUCAAUUGAUGGAUAUGAGCCCGGAAGAUCUCGCUGCCUUCCAAAAUCGUGCUUUCACAAUAGCUGGAAUACCGCUCUUACCACCGGCAAGAGAACAUUAUCAGAAGUCGUUGGGUUGUCAAAUCGGAUUGUGCAUGAAGCCGGCUGUCGCCGGCACGAUACAAUCGAUGCAGAAAGAAGAAGCGAAUUAG